AUGGUCUCUUUCACGACCCUUCUCGCAGCCGUCGCGGCGGUGGCGGUCAACCCGGCCUCGGCCAGCCCGCUCGAGGCUUACAAGGAGAUCAAGAGCCGCGGCAUCCAGCCCGGCACCGGCACCCACGACGGCUUCUUCUACUCGUUCUGGACCGACGGCCAGGGCAGCGUCAACUUUGAGAACACCGCGGGCGGCUCGUACAGCGUGCAGUGGAACAACGUCAACAACUGGGUUGGCGGCAAGGGCUGGAAUCCGGGUGAGCCCCGGUCGGUCACCUACAACGGUACUUGGGACAACUACAAUGUCAACAGCUACCUCGCCCUCUACGGCUGGACCACCAACCCCCUGGUCGAGUACUACAUCGUCGAGGCGUACGGCACGUACAACCCGUCGUCGGGCACGUCCAAGCUGGGCACGAUCGAGGACGACGGCGGUGUGUACGACAUUUACAAGACCACCCGCGUCAACCAGCCGUCGAUCGAGGGCACCUCGACCUUCGACCAGUACUGGUCGGUCCGCCAGGAGAAGCGUGUCGGCGGCACCAUUGACACCGGCAAGCACUUUGACGAGUGGUCCAAGCAGGGCAACCUCAAGCUUGGUACCUGGAACUACAUGAUCAUGGCCACUGAGGGAUACCAGAGCAGUGGCUCGGCUAGCAUUUCUGUGUCGGCUUAA